UCUUUGCACACUAUCCUCCACAAGAGAAACUAGGAUCUUCAAGUAUAGCUAGCAUUGCGCCCUCAUUUCAUCCAUGGCAAUGCAGCUGUCCUUGCCUGUCUUGCCAACGGGUUUUCGUUUCCAUCCAACCGAUGAGGAACUAGUCAUCAACUACCUCCAGAGGCGUGCUACCGGGCUAUCGUGCCCCAUCCCCAUAAUCGCAGAUGUCGAAAUAUACAACUUCAACCCGUGGGAGCUUCCAUCCAUGGCUCUAUUUGGGGAACAUGAGUGGUACUUUUUUACACUACGCGACCACAGGUACCCCAAUAGUGUGCGCCCUAGUCGCUCAGCGGCGUCAGGCUUUUGGAAGGCCACCGGCACUGACAAGCCCGUCCAAGUUGCUAACAUGCAAAGCACUCCUGUAGCUAUGAAGAAGGCACUUGUAUUCUAUGUUGGCCGCCCGCCCAUGGAAACCAAGACUACAUGGAUCAUGCAUGAGUACCGUCUCACAAACACGGGAGGGUCCACUGCCUCCCACCCAUCCUUGUCUUCAUCCACCGCACACCCUUCUGUGAAGCUAGACGAGUGGGUGCUAUGCAAGAUCUUCAACAAGUCCCCAGAGCCGGACAACACCGCACCACCAUCAAACGUCGUCUCACGGUUACAGUGCUCGCCGCCGCUGCCGCCGCCGGCGGCACCGCCCGGCAACUACCCGCCGCUGCCGGUGGGUGCGACGAACGACGGCGGCGUGUUCGCCGGCGCCGGCGACAUGCUCUUCACCAUCCAAGAGCACCAGGAGGGAACACCAUCGAUGCUGCCGCCGAUCCCUAACCUUGAGCCACCGGCGGCAACAAUUGGGAAUUCCUCUCUCAAUGGCACUGCUGCUGCUGCUGCUGCUGCUGAUGGCCAUGGCCGCCUUGAGGAAGAGGACACCAGCGCCUACACCUUCACCGACCAGGAAAUGGAGCAGAUGCUCAUGGACCUGAUGGACCAGGAUUUCUUUGGCAAUGAUCAACCCCAGGAGUGAACUGUGUGGUGGAGUGAUUUUCAUAUCAUUCCAUAGCUCUGAUCUGUGCUGGAGAGUGAAUUUAGUAUCUAUUGUACCAGAUAGAAUAAAACCAGAAAAGAAAUAAAAGAAGGCCAAAGAAAAAAGCAAAAAGAAAAUUGUAUAAUUACUAGGUUUGGAUGCCGUCUGUAGAACCUUGUGUGCUAUGUAACUUUUUUCUUUGUAUUUUGGCAUUUUCAUCAUAUUGUGUCAUAAAUAAAGCAGGGCUUUCUUUUGUAGUUUGC